UUUCUGAGAUUAAUCUCAAAAUGUCUUUAUUUAAAUCACCGCUCCAGCCCCGUUUUCUGUCUAUAAUGGCCCAGAAAUACCUUCACAGUUUUCUGUGAAAAAUCAGCCGGACUGUGAUCCUCCAACGUGUCCUGCUUCGCGUCGUUCUGGGAUUUGUAGUCCCUUUAGUGACCACGUUCGGUACAUCUGCAUCACUUCCGGUUUCCUUAAAGAACUACAAGCGGCCCGGCGGUGCUCUGAGGAAAACAGCGGAGGUUUUCCGGUUGGGAACCAAAAUGCUGGCCGUCCUGCCGGCGCUGCUGCUGCUGCUGCUGCUGCUGCUGCUGCUGCUCAGCUCCAGGUCGGCCUGCGGCGUCUUCCAGAAGCUUUACUGCAGCUUCUCAGACAGCUGCGACUGCGACUUCAAGCCCAACAUCAGAGACUUGGAGUGGGACCUGUACAAGAAUGUCUUCGGUCAGCACCUGGCCCAGGACCUGGUCGCAGAAGAGGUUUCCAGGUUCCUCCUCAAUAAGAGCCCGGAUCGGCCCCUGGUUCUGUCCUUCCACGGCUCCUCUGGGACCGGGAAGACGCUGGUCAGCACCAUGCUGGGGAACCACCUGUACGGCUCGGCCAUGAGCAGCCCCUUCGUCCACCAGUUCGUCCCCGCGUUCCACUUCCCUUCAGCCGAGCGCGUCGCUCAGUACCAGGUUUCAGACCAUGGCCACCAUGUUGGCCGUCAACGUGUUGGGAUGCACGGGAUCGACGGAGGAGCGGGCCGCCCUGCUGCACAAAGUCAUCCAGAUCGCAGCCGAGCUGAAGACCACCACAGGCGACAUGUUCGGCUUCGCCGCCGUCAUGAGAGCGCUGGAGCUGCCGCAGGUGAGAGGAACGGGCCGGAUCAGCAUUAAUGCUGCGGUUUGCUAACCUUUACUGAUGGACAGCUGGGAUGGAUGGAGCUGUGGAGUGUUUACCUCUUACACACAGAGAAUAAAACACAAUGAGCUGAACUCUGACCUGGUUAUCUCUGGCUGUAAAGGUACAAAGAUUGCUGUUAUAAUUAAACUAGCUGCUGUUAUUUAUGUCAAAGUUGGAGCUUUAGUUUGGAAAGCCAGACAAUAGUGUAAAUGUGCCACAUGUGAUCCUUAAUUUGACUCUUUCUUGCCAAAAAUGAAGAUACAUUUUAAAACUAAACACAGCAUCUUUGUUGUUAAAGCAGCAGGAAGAGAGGAGAGCAGAAGGUGAUCAAUUUUCCACCAUGAAUCCAUCAAACUGCUGCUUUUUUUCCUGUCUGAGGCCAAAUUCACUCAGCAGCUGAUUUUUUUUUUUCAUGCAAGAAAAUCCCAAUUUAUUGGUAUUUUCCAUUCCCAAUAUGAUAUUACUGGAUAUGACUCAGUCAUAUCCAGUUCCGUUACUGGAUAUUACUGAGUUAUAUCCAAUAAUAGGACUGGAUAUGACUCAGUUCCAAAUAAUGGAACUGAGUCAUAUCUGGUGUUUUCAAAGCGUCUGCGGUCUGAACCGUCAUGUCGCAUUUUACCCGACUUUUACAUCAUUGCCACGAGGCAUGUGUCAUAAUUCUGCACCAGAAUAAGCCAGGCAAUAAAACUGGAUGUAAGAAACGGCUGAAAAUUAGAAUAAUGAGAUUGUGAAUGCAGUCUGUCAGUGAACGCAUCACAUCCCAACCCCAGCACUCCUGGUCCGACUCCACAUCCAAUCGGACUUCUCUACAGCAGCUGCAGUCAACGACCCGUUGCUGUUCGCUGGGUUUCCUUUUAUCAGCUUCCUUCAUCUGGUUUCGAUGCUGUCGGCUCCAAAUAACUUUAAAAUGUAUCCUUAGACAGCGGCAGCCAUUUUUCCACACAGAAGUCUGAUUUCAGUUGCAAUUAAUUUUAGAAUGAACAACCAUGCAAAAAAAAAUUGAAUUUCCACAA